AUGGGUCUUGGUAACACUAUUGUUGAAAAAAAUGAAUUCUCAAACCAAGACCGCGCCAAAGCUAUGAUUUUCCUUCAUCAUCAUUUAGAUGAAGGAUUAAAAAUAGAGUAUCUUACUGUCAAAGAUCCUCUUGUCCUUUGGCAAGAUUUGAAAGAAAGAUUCGACCACCUGAAGUUGGUCGUUCUUCCAAAAGCCCGAUAUGAUUGGUUUCACUUACGGCUGCAAGAUUUUAAAUCUGUCAACGAAUAUAAUUCAGCCAUGUUCAGAAUCACUUCUCAAUUAUCAUUAUGUGGCGAAAAAAUCACUAAUGAAGAUAUGUUAGAGAAAACAUUUUCUACUUUUCAUGUCUCUAACAUGCUCCUGCAGCAGCAACAUCGAGAGAAGGGAUUUAAAAAAUAUUCUGAACUUAUUGCAUGUCUUCUCUUGGCUGAACAAAAUAAUAAAUUAUUGCUGAAAAAUCAUGAGUCCCGACCAACUGGUACAAAUCCAUUCCCUGAAGCGAAUGCGACCCAAUUUCAAAAUUCUGGUCGAGGUCGUGGACGUGGCCGUAGAGGUGGUCGUGGCCGUGGACGUGAUCGUAGUAAAUUUGUGCCUCGUGAAAAUUUUAAACGUGACAAACAAUAA